UUUUUUAUGAACCAAUCUUCGAUCGCUGUGAUUUUUUUGAUGAUAUUGUACUCAAGGUCGUGGUUAGUAUGACGGUUUACUUAUAAUAUAUUAUAACUACAAAUAAGUCAUAAAAUCGAUCAUCUGAUCCGCAUCCACAUCCGCCCUCUUCCCCAUCAACAUCACGAAGAGCACCACGGUGAAGCCAUUUGAGUCUCUUCCUCCGCCCUCACCUGCUUUGAGCAGCACGAGUGCGAGUUCCCACGAGCAACAAGAGGAUGGAGAAGUGCCAAGAAAUGUCACUAGAGCAGGUCAUUGAGAAGAUGGAAUAACGAGCAGUGCGACCAGCUCCAGCUCUAGUGAAGUGGAUUAUGAUGAACUGUGGAGGAGUGUUGAGAAGACGGAGGUCUACUUCCAUAUCCAUUCGUUAUCGCAGAAGCAGCAGACGUCGUGAUAGCGCAUCAAGUUGGGCCUAUCAUCAUGGCAGACAGCAGCCUUCUAUGGGCAAAAUAUCGCCUCAGCAACAACCACACCGCAGAGGACCUGAAGAUCGUAACCGUAAUGAAAAUCAUGCCCCUUCCAGUUUCACGUCGUCGACCCCGCCUACGCGAUUCUCAUGUGUUGGUGUCCUCUCGGUAUUCCUGAUCGCGUGGUCGUGUGGGCAGUGCUUUUUGGUCUGGAAGCUGUUUAACGUUGUUGUGAAAUAG